AUGCUCGGCAAGAUCCUCCUCACCAUCGACGCCCUCUUCCUCCUCUUCGCUUCCCCGGCGGCCGACUACAGCAAAACGCACAUCUUUAACCCGGCCUGGACGCCUCAUGCAAAAUUCCACUGCGGCCAAACCAUCACCAUCUCUGUAGUCAUGGGUCUCGCAACCCUCCUAUACACCUGGCGACCAUCCGGUCGUGUUCCGAAAUCAGGCCCGGUCCCCAUACCGGCCGUACUCGCUGAGAGACGUGAGCGGAUGAAGGAGUCUUUUCGGACGGCUGGCUUCCUCGGAAGUGUCUACUGGCUGGCAGGUAUGGCAGCCAUCUUGUAUCCCAACACUGCAGGAACAGACCCCGAGUUCGGCGACAUCACGGAUUUCCCGCAAGGAAAGCUAUUCCCGGUAUUGGCUGGUUUGGCGAUCUUUGGGGCAUGGCUCGAGACGAGCCGUCUUAGAUGA